AUGGAUUCCUCAGAUCCUGCCAAGACAAAAACAUCAUCUUUAUCAACCCCAUCUAAGCAUUUUUGGGUUCUUCCUUACAAAACUCAAAGUCUUGAGAGUCUUUACACUCUAGGCAAAAUAUUGGGUCAAGGUCAGUUUGGAACUACCUAUCUUUGUACUGAAAUAUCAACUUCUAAUCUUUAUGCUUGCAAGACUAUACCAAAGAAGAAGCUCAUCUGUAAGGAAGAUUAUGAAGAUGUUUGGAGGGAGAUUCAGAUAAUGCACCAUCUAUCUGAGCAUCCAAAUGUUGUUAGAAUAAAGGGUACUUACGAAAAUGCUUUAUAUGUACAUAUAGUUAUGGAGCUUUGUGCUGGUGGGGAGCUUUUUGAUAGGAUUGUUGAAAAGGGGCAAUAUAGUGAAAAAGAAGCUGCUAAAUUGAUCAAAACAAUUGUUGGGGUGGUGGAAGCUUGCCAUUCAUUGGGGGUUAUGCAUAGAGAUCUAAAGCCUGAGAAUUUCUUGUUUCUUAGUUCUCAAGAGGAUGCUGCUCUCAAGGCCACUGAUUUUGGCCUUUCUGUUUUCUAUAAGCCAGGUGAAACAUUUUCUGAUGUUGUGGGAAGUCCUUAUUAUGUUGCCCCAGAGGUUUUAUGCAAGCAUUAUGGACCUGAAUCAGAUGUAUGGAGUGCAGGUGUUAUCUUGUACAUAUUACUUAGUGGUGUUCCACCUUUUUGGGCAGAAACUGAUAUGGGAAUAUUUCGUCAGAUACUGCGAGGCAAACUAGAUUUAGAAUCCGAACCUUGGCCUGGAAUUUCAGAUAGUGCAAAGGAUUUGAUACGCAAAAUUCUUGAUAGGAAUCCAAAGAGGAGGUUAACUGCCCAUGAAGUUUUGUGCCAUCCGUGGAUCGUGGAUGACUCAAUGACCCCUGAUAAACCUCUUGAUUCUGCAGUUCUUUCACGCCUCAAGCAAUUCUCAGCAAUGAACAAACUAAAGAAAAUGGCUUUGCGUUUUUAUAGUGUUCCAAGAACUUCAGUUGUAAAGAAACUGAAAUUGGAUCUAGAUGCUGUUUUAAAAGAAACAGGAAAAUGCAAAAAAGUAGUAUAG